CAGCCAGCACUGAGAGAAAGCCAGCACACUGAGAGAGAGACAGCCAGCACCGAGACCAACAGAGCUCGCACUCUAUACACAGCAGAGAGAGAGAGCAUGGCUGCUAAAGGAGUUGCUAUUGGCAUUGACCUGGGUACCACCUACUCCUGUGUGGGAGUUUUCCAGCAUGGCAAGGUGGAAAUCAUCGCUAACGACCAGGGAAACCGCACCACCCCCAGCUAUGUGGCUUUUACUGACACCGAGAGACUGAUGGGAGAUGCUGCCAAGAACCAGGUGGCGCUGAACCCCCAGAAUACGGUCUUUGAUGCCAAGAGACUGAUUGGCAGAAAGUUCAAUGAACCCGUCGUACAAUCAGACAUGAAGCACUGGCCCUUCCAGGUGGUGAGCGAUGGGGGAAAGCCCAAGGUAAAGGUGGAGCACAAAGGCGAGGAGAAAACCUUCUUCCCUGAGGAGAUCUCCUCCAUGGUGCUGCUGAAGAUGAAGGAGACAGCUGAAGCCUAUCUGGGACAUCCAGUUACCAAUGCUGUCAUCACUGUGCCAGCCUACUUCAAUGACUCCCAGCGCCAGGCUACCAAAGAUGCUGGUGUUAUUGCUGGACUGAAUGUACUGAGAAUCAUCAAUGAGCCUACAGCUGCUGCUAUCGCCUAUGGCCUGGACAAGGGAGCCCGUGGUGAAAGAAAUGUCCUGAUCUUUGAUUUGGGUGGUGGCACCUUUGAUGUUUCCAUCCUCACCAUUGACGAUGGUAUAUUUGAAGUAAAAGCCACAGCUGGUGACACUCAUCUGGGUGGAGAGGACUUUGACAAUCCCAUGGUUAACCACUUUGUGGAGGAAUUCAAACGCAAGCACAAGAAGGACAUCACCCAGAACAAAAGAGCAUUGAGGAGACUGAGAACGGCGUGUGAGCGAGCCAAGCGUACGCUGUCCUCCAGCACCCAGGCAAGCAUUGAAAUAGAUUCUCUGUAUGAGGGCACUGACUUCUACACCUCCGUCACUAGGGCCCGCUUUGAGGAACUUUGCUCAGACCUGUUCAGGGGAACCCUAGAGCCUGUAGAAAAGGCCCUGAGAGACGCCAAGCUUGACAAAUCUCAGAUCCAUGAAAUUGUCCUAGUGGGAGGCUCCACUCGUAUCCCAAAAGUUCAAAAACUGCUGCAAGACUUCUUUAAUGGACGGGAUCUGAACAAAAGCAUUAAUCCAGAUGAAGCCGUAGCCUAUGGAGCUGCUGUCCAGGCUGCCAUCCUGAUGGGAGACAAGUCAGAAAACGUGCAGGACUUGCUUCUACUUGACGUGACCCCUCUCUCCCUGGGCUUGGAGACAGCUGGAGGGGUCAUGACUGUCCUCAUCAAACGCAAUACAACCAUCCCUACCAAGCAGACUCAGACCUUCACCACAUAUUCUGACAACCAGCCUGGAGUGCUCAUUCAAGUGUAUGAAGGAGAGAGGGCUAUGACCAAAGACAAUAAUCUCUUGGGCAAGUUUGAGUUAGGUGGCAUCCCACCCGCUCCUCGUGGAGUGCCACAAAUUGAGGUCACCUUUGAUAUCGAUGCCAACGGAAUUCUCAAUGUGUCGGCCGUGGACAAGAGCUCUGGCAAACAGAAUAAAAUCACUAUCACCAAUGACAAAGGCCGCCUCAGCAAAGAAGAUAUUGAGAAGAUGGUUCAGGAUGCUGAGAAGUACAAGGCUGACGAUGAUGCCCAAAGGGAGAAGAUCUCUGCCAAGAACUCCCUGGAGUCCUACGUCUACAACAUUAAGAGUAUGGUGGAGGAUGAGAACAUGAAGGGCAAACUCAGUGAAGACGACAAGAAGACCAUCUCUGAUAAGUGUCAGCAGAUCAUCUCCUGGCUGGAGAGCAACCAGCUUGCAGAGAAAGAGGAAUAUACCCAUCAGCAGAAGGAGCUGGAGAAGGUGUGUCAGCCCAUUAUAGCCAAACUGUACCAGGGUGGCAUGCCAAGCGGAAUGCCAGGAUCCAGCUGUGGAGCUCAGGCCAGACAGGGCAGCAGCUCAGGUCCCACCAUUGAAGAGGUUGAUUAAGAACUUGCAGAUUUCGUUUUACGUCAAAUGGACACUAAAGACUUGUUAAUAUAUUGUUUCAAAGACUGUAAUAUCCAGAGAGUGAAACAACGAACUCAAGUCUGGGACUGUGAUCAGUGUAAAU